CAUAACUCCUGGUAACACAUGCUCUAAACUGAGGCUCUAUCAUAGACAGUAUAUGUGGUGCGUAGGGCCGGGCUCCAGGGCUUCCCUUGUGCUCCCAUGCGGAAAGGACCCCUCAGGGGAGCUGACGCCAGCUGAGACCAAAAAAACAAGGGUCUGAGGACUAAGCCACAUCAUGGCGGAGUUGAGCCUGGAGACAGACGGCCCCAGAUCCUCCAUGCCGGCUGAGCUCCACCAUCCCCACUCUAAGUACUCUCAGUGGAAGUUUAAACUCUUCAGGCUGAGGUCCAUGGAGAAGGCACCUCUGCCCACUGAGACACGGCCUGAGAAAGGAGCCUUGUCAGGGAUCUCUCCUCCUGCAGCUCUAAACAUAGAGUUCGAUAAUGGCAUGGGUCCAGGGAGUGUUAUGAAAUUAUGCCUCGGGGGGAAAAGCCAGGAAAAUGUGGAGGGCCCUGGCCGGAGAGUUGAUAUGAAGCUACAGGAAAUGGAGACCCACAUGAACCAACUCAGGUGCUUGUGCCGUCUCUGUGGAGUGGUCCUGCGAAAAGUCAAAGGACCGAUGCACAAUGUUAAUGGGGAUCUGGAUGAGGUCAGCAAAGGUGCUCUGCGUAAAAUGGGCUGCAAGUUUACCAGCUGGCCGGAUGUCGUCCUCAAAGUCUUUAAAGUGGACGUGACAGAGGACACAGAAUCUGUCCACCCUCUUUCCUUCUGCCAUUGCUGCUGGGUGGUUGCCAUAAGAGGAGGGGGGGUCUGCAGCUUCUCCAGAACAAGAGUCCCUGAGUGGAAACCCCACUCUUCCACCUGCCACCUUUGCUCCCCUAGGAAACCUUCAUUCCAGCGGACUGGGAGGAAGAGGCGGAAAGCCAUUCCCAGAGCGCAGAGUCUAGCAAAAAGGACCAGGAGAGACCAUGGCGACAGCAUUGCCGUUGGUGAGAGGAGGGCUCUGAGACCAUUUGGAGACCAUCAUCAUGGUCCUGUGCUAAGGGUAUGGAGGAAACCCAGCAUCCAGAGAGAGCAGUGGGUGAGGAACAUUACCCACUGCCAGAAAGACCACCUGAAUAUCAAGCUCAUCUCUGAGAAGCUACCUGUAGACUUCCUCUGUUCUUUCAAAUGCCUGGUGUGCGACCACCUGCUCUCUGAUCCAGUCCAGUCGCCCUGUGGACACCUCUUCUGCCGCAGUUGUAUUAUAAAAUAUAACCACGUUCUGGGGCCUCACUGCCCGGCCUGCAACUUGUGCUGCAGCGUUGAUGAUCUCGCCCCGCCCCCUAAAGCCUUCUUAUCAGCCCUGUAUUCCCUGUCUUUGCUCUGCCCCAGGAGCGAGUGUGGCAAGCAGGUCAGGCUUGACUCAUUUAAAGCUCAUUGUCUGGGCCAUGAGCUCGAUGAACAGGACGAUAAGCAGCAGUCAUCAGAACUUGACAACUACCUGCUAGCCAAUAAAGGGGGAAGACCCCGUCAGCACCUGCUAUCGCUGACCCGUCGUGCCCAGAAGCAUCGGCUGAGGGAUAUGAAGAACCAGCUGAAGGCGUUCGCUGACAAAGAGGAAGGUGGCGACCUGAAGUCUGUGUGUCAGACUCUGUUUCUGCUUGCAUUGAGAUCUGGGAAUGAACACCGUCAGGCAGAUGAGCUAGAGGCCACGAUGCAAGGCCGAGGCUUUGGGUUGCAUCCUGCUGUGUGCUUAGCCAUUCGGGUCAACACUUUCCUGAGCUGCAGCCAGUAUCACAAGAUGUACCGGACUGUCAAAGCCACCAGCGGCCGCCAGAUCUUUCAGCCCCUGCACACCUUGCGGGCUGCAGAAAAGGAGCUUCUCCCUGGCUUCCACCAGUUUGAAUGGCAGCCAGCUCUCAGGAAUGUGUCUACAUCUUGCAGUGUUGGCAUUAUUAAUGGGCUCUCUGGAUGGGCUUCCUCGGUGGAUGACAUCCCAGCUGACACCAUCACUCGACGGUUUCGCUACGAUGUGGCUCUGGUGUCAGCAUUAAAGGAUCUGGAGGAGGACAUCAUGGAGGGGCUGAGAGAGAGUGGGAUGGAAGACAAUGCUUGCACCGCAGGCUUCAAUGUCAUGAUCAAGGAAUCCUGUGAUGGCAUGGGCGAUGUCAGCGAGAAGCACGGUGGAGGACCAGCUGUUCCUGAGAAGGCUGUGCGUUUUUCUUUCACUGUUAUGUCUGUCUCUGUCCUGGCAGACGAGGGGGAGGACAAGGUUACCAUCUUUACUGAGCCAAAGCCAAACUCAGAACUGUCCUGUAAGCCCCUUUGCCUGAUGUUUGUGGAUGAGUCAGACCACGAGACACUCACAACUGUCCUGGGGCCUGUAGUUGCAGAGCGUAAUGCAAUGACAGAGAGCAGGCUCAUUCUGUCCAUGGGUGGACUACCUCGCUCCUUCCGCUUUCACUUCAGAGGCACGGGAUAUGAUGAGAAGAUGGUGCGCGAGGUAGAGGGCCUGGAGGCCUCAGGGUCCACCUACGUCUGCACUCUUUGUGACUCCACUCGGGCAGAGGCCUCUCAAAACAUGGUGCUACACUCCAUCACUCGCAGUCAUGAACAGAACCUAGAUCGUUACGAAAUAUGGAGAACCAACCCCUUUUCUGAGUCUGUAGAUGAGCUGCGGGACAGAGUGAAAGGGAUCUCUGCCAAGCCCUUCAUGGAGACCCAGCCCACAAUGGAUGCACUACACUGUGACAUUGGCAAUGCCACUGAGUUCUACAAAAUCUUCCAGGACGAGAUCGGGGAGGUGUACAAAAAGGUCAAACCCAGCCGGGAGGAACGGCGCAGCUGGAGGGCAGCCCUGGAUAAACAGCUGAGGAAGACGGUGAAGCUUAAACCGGUGAUGAGGAUGAAUGGGAACUAUGCCCGCAGGCUAAUGACCCAAGAGGCUGUCGAGGUUGUCUGUGAGCUGGUACCCUCAGAGGAGAGGAGGGAGGCCCUGAGGGAGCUGAUGAGGAUCUACAUCCAGAUGAAGCCUGUGUGGCGAGCCACCUGCCCUGCCAAGGAGUGCCCUGACCAGCUGUGCCGCUACAGCUUUAACUCCCAGCGCUUUGCCGACCUUCUCUCCUCUACCUUCAAAUACAGGUACAAUGGAAAGAUAACUAAUUACCUGCACAAGACCCUGGCCCAUGUGCCUGAAAUCAUAGAGAGAGAUGGAUCUAUAGGAGCCUGGGCCAGCGAGGGGAACGAGUCGGCAAACAAGCUCUUCAGGCGUUUCCGGAAGAUGAAUGCACGUCAGUCAAAGGCCUUUGAGCUUGAGGAUGUGUUGAAACAUCACUGGCUCUACACCUCCAAGUACUUGCAGAAGUUUAUGGAAGCUCACAAGAACUCUGCCAAAGCUCUGCAAGCCACCAUUGACCCAGUAGAGAGCCGGGAUUACGAGGACAUCUUGUCUUCUCUGGAAGUUAAUGACUUUUGAUUUUGAUUUUAAUGUGAACUUUAAGUAUUACCAUUUCAUUGAUUUCAUGGAAGUUGUAUAAUAUUUAAUUGCCUCUCAGUAAUAUGGACGUUUUACAACUUUACUUUCUUUGCCAAUUCAUUGAUAUUUAGAACAAGAUUUUAAAACAAGAUUUUCUUGUGAUUAAAAUAAAUAUUUUUGCAAAUUCAAACUCACAUCAUCCUUUAUGUUGGAUUUUACAAAAUAAAAAGGUAAUGCUAUUCUCUCACAGGUUUUGUUAAUUGUUAGUUAAUACACUGCAAAGAUGGGACAGCAGAGGAAAAUAGAAGUAACACAGGUUUCUGUUCUCUUGCUCUCUUGCUCUUUUUUUUAUCUUCACCGUCUGUGAAAUACGGCACAGUUUAUUCUAUUGCAGGGAUAUGACACAUUUAUGAAUUUAUAUAGAGAGGAUAUUUAUGGAAACAGAUGAAAGUGCUGUAAGUCAUGGUGGGAAAUUGUGUUAAAAAGACCACAUUUGUGGCCACUGUAUUAAUAUAUCAUUUGAGCUGGAACAAAAUGCAAUCACAGAGACCCAAAUGUUCUUUGUUUCAUGAGUGCCCUCUGAAAAAGAUUACUUUAGUGCUUUAUCGUGGGAUCCCUGAGGGGCAGAAUGGAUGCCAGGUCACUUUGAACCAAUUUUUAUCUCUUUUAGUCUUUGCACAGUGGAGGAUAGAUGAUACUUAUUCAUAUUCUUCACAUGGAAUAAAGCAUAUACUGACCUUUUUGUUGAUAUCAUAAAAAUACAGUAUGGUCCAUUACGAAGCCUAAUACCCCGUGGGCUCUCCAGCUGGCAGGGAUUUUUUUUAAGUUGUGUAUAUAACCUGGCACUUCUUCUCUGCUGAUAUUUCUUCAUUGCCACGGUUGACAGAGGAGAGGGAUGAGCGGGAGCUAGAAAGACCCGAUGUAAACUGAUUUGUUGGCAACUAUAUUUGUUUGAUUGAUUGAUUAUAUCGUUUUUUUCUGCCCUCAUCAUUUUGAAUUGUGACAGGCAAUUUUGUUUUCCUAUUUGAUUAAAUGUUUGAUUUUAUUUCACUGUCAUAAGUUUAACCAUGACAGCUGUGAAAUAUCCACAUGUCAUCCUGUAGUUGUCACUUUCCUAGAAUACCAUUACGUUUUUGAGUGCAACUUUUCUCAUAUUUGCUUUUUUGCCCUAAUGAAUUGCAUUUCCAAAGUAAUGGAUGAUGGAUGAUUCACAGAAUUACACUUGCUCACUUUUCACCAUGUAUUUCCUCAUUUUUUGUUUCCAUAUUAAACUUAAUAUCAAGUGAACUGUUUACUCGGAUUGCUGGAGACUUUCUCUGGUGGUUUAUUUUGCAUACUGGUACUGUAUUACACUGAGGUUCCACUACUUUAUUUUUACAUUUUCAAUGUUAUAGAGUAUUCAGACAUUUCUGCUGUAUUUUUACUGAAGCAGACAACUUACCAUUAUUUUGAUGAGUUACCUUUAUGGAGGAGGGAGUUUAUGCUUGUUGUCUUUGUUUCCUAUGAAAGAAUAAAUAAAUAA